AUGCCUGUACUUACCCUCUUGAAAAAAUGGACUUGUCGAAUUGGUUCCGGCGAAACUUACCCUAUACAGUACACUCUGGCAUGCUCAAAUCCGAGUGUUUGGAUUGAGGAGAACGGUGGUGAAAACCUCGUUUUAACUGUUUUGAAAGUCAAAAAUCAUGAACGUCUUAUUUUUCCGGUCUACCGCCGCCCUCACAACGAAUACGAGGAGAACGACAAGGAGAAGGACCAAUUCUAUAACAGACCCCACAAAGACAAACUAUUCAUUCUGUUGGCGCCUCAAAUGUGUCAAACGUUCGCCCCAGAAGCCAUAUUCCACAAUGAGCGGAGUUAUGAGAAGUUGAGAGUCCUACUGCACUAUUCGGGCAUCGAGGAGAUUCCAGAGGAGAAACGGAAAAAACAAAUGCUUCUAAAAGGAGUCGCCGGCUGGUCGACAUGGAAAGAGGACGAUGAGGAUCGGAAACAGAAGAAUGAGCAAGAGAUUGCAGAGUUUCGAAAGAUCGAGAGGACCAUCAUACAGAACGCCUCUCGUGAAGUGGCAGUGGAAGAGCAGCUGGUCAAAAACCCGAGCAUCCCCAUAUUCCCCGGAAUUGCUCCACUUCCGAAUCGUCCACCGACACCAACCAUCACCAUAAUGCCUGGUAGAAGACGUCAAGGAGUGCGAAUGGUCAGGAAUAUGAGUCCAUUCAAUCGGACACAGAAGACGCAGUCGGAAACUCCAAAACAACUUCCGACACCUAAUACAACUCCUCGAAUUCCCGUCAUUACACCAUUCAACAAGUCCGGAGAGAAUCAGAAGACGCCGGGAGGCAAGAAGUCGAAUGAGACACCCAAAAAACCGUCUACCGAGACACCUGUGACCACUCCACACGUCAUCACUCCGGUCCUCACGAUGUUGGAGAAUCCAAAGGCGCCGAUUAUGAAGAGAGGCUCGAAUGAGGCGCCAAGAAAGAAGUCGAACGAACAUGCGCGUUCUCCAAUCAAAAAAUCGCAUGAAGAUGGAAAGGCGCCACCGAAAGCGAUCUCUCCAAAAGCGAAAUCCCCAAAAGCGAAAUCGCCGAUUGCAAAGUCCCCGAGAGGAAAAUCACCGAAAGAGAAAGUUCCGGAACAACACGAAAUGCCGCACUCACCAACACAACCGAAAAAUGGACAAAUGGAAAAAGAGCAACAACAAGAAGCUUUAUCGCCCAAACCAAAAAAGAAGGGAUCUGGAGAAGCCACCUCGCCAAAACCGACCGCCCAUUCACCUUCGUAG